AUGUUAUAUCUCGCAGCUUUACUUUUGAUAUCCGGAUACUCGUCCGCAUUUUACAUCAGGGUCCAGAUAAAUAGCUCCAAGGAACAAAUCGGACCAUAUUUCUUAUGCAGAAACCUCAUCAACCCUCCUUCCCAGAGUAACGAACUCACAGUAUGGGCCAUAGACCCUCUUGAGACCACCUGCGUGACAGAAGGUGGAAGUCCCGAGUUCCUCAUAAAUAAACCGAGGGCGGAUGGGUUCGACUUCUAUGAUGAACUCAAACGGGACGGGAAGAUACCUUAUAACCCAAAGACGUUCUACAUUAGUGCGAACGAACCUUGGGGCACGAAUUACAAUGUACCAAUUAUGGUGAUUGAGAAAGAUUUUAGGGCACCAUUGGCUCUGGCGACGCAUGUAUUCCCACCGAAGUUUCCAGCAAAUUUUCAAGCAUUGAAAAAUGGUAAAGUACGAAAGGAUAUCACCGAGGAAAGCCUUCCAGAGAGUGGGGAUGUUUUUGAAUUUAUCGGCCAUCCAGAUUUCCCCGAGCAUGAAAAUGGCCUCCGGAUUGACCUUCGAAAAUCAAAAUUCGCACACAAUGUAAAACGGAUCCCCAUCACCCGCGACGACAAAAGAUGGCCAGCAGAUGCAGUCGCUGACCGACCACCCAUUGUCCUCACCCUUUCGAACGAAGAGCAGUUUCGCGCGGUAGUAGAAGGGAAAGAAGCCGAUUACUUAUUAGCAGAGAAGCUAGCAGCCUAUGAGAACACAAAAAUCAAUGCCAAAAAGGUUAUCGGCGGGUUCUUUGGCGGUAUUACGAAGCAAAUAGCAUCGGGGGCUGCCAAUAUUAAAGAUAAAGUCGGGGCAGGAUUGGCGAAGAUUAGACAUUUUCGUCAUGAAGAAAGCAAAGAGGACAAUCCGGAACCUGAUCCCGGAGAAAAGGGCGGGAAAUGGAAGGAUUUCAAUUUGGAUUAUGAUAUGGACCCAGAAUGGUUGGGGCCUCCUCCAGGGACCGAGCCCAACCCUCCAGUGAUUGCAGAGCUAGAGCCAGAGCCGGAAGAGAAAAUUCCGGUUGAUGUCCCAAGCGAUGUCCCAGUUGAUGUCCUGCCUGAGAACAAAGAGUACAGCGGCUAA